AUGGCGAUUGCUUGUGAUUCAAGUGUUUUACGGUGCAAAGAUCGACGAGACGAAGUUAAAAGUGAAUUCUCGGCACGUGAAGGACGAUAUAAAAUUGCAUCAUUUAUUGAUUAUCUUGGAAAACAUUGCUCAACUUACGCAAAUAGUCUUAGUGAACCGGUGAAAAUAACCGUACUACAACGAACACAACAGAUAGUUAAUAAUAGUACGAGUCAGAGUAAUUCAGCAAGUGAAGCAAGUUCUAGGCGAUCAUCGUCAAUAGCCACUGAUGAACCACCGAAUUGUAGUGUGGAUGGAUCCGGUGAUUUUUUAACAAAAAGUAACUCUAUUAAUGUAGAAUCAAACGAAACAAACAGCUGUUCAGUACAAAACGGUAGUGUCAAUGGAACUGUUUUAUUAACAGAAGUUUUAGCAUUCAACGUUGGAAGAGAAUUGCUCAUUUAUGAAUUUGCUGAAUCAGCACAACCAAAUUUUGGUGAACCUAUUGAUCAUCGAGCGUACAAACCAGGUCAUUUACCAACUUGUCACGAUCUCACACAACGGCAACACACAAAUGGACUACAUAUUUUAGUGGGAUUUUCAAAAGGACAAAUACAAUAUAUCAAUACUCAUACAAAAGAUCAAAAAGUUUUUAAUGAAUCGAGUUAUUUGGACAAAACAAAAGUAACAUGUAUCAAGUGGCUACCGUCAUCAAAAACAUCGCUGUUUGUUGCAUCUUAUUCGAGCGGUUAUUUAUAUGUAUUCGAUGAACAAAUUGUUUAUCAACGUGAUAAUAAUAUUCCUCCUGUCUACUCAACAAUAAAAGACGAUGAAAAUAAUUUUUCUAUUUCUUGCACAAAAUCAAAACAAGCACGAAAUCCUGUGUCACGUUGGUCAAUUGGAACUGGAAGUAUCAAUGAAUUUUCAUUUUCGCCAGAUAAUAUAUAUUUAGCUGUCGUAUCACAAGAUGGAUUUCUAAGGAUAUUCAAUUAUGAAAAAAUGGAAUUAGUAACGUAUAUGAAAAGUUAUUUUGGAGGACUUCUUUGUCUUUCUUGGAGUCCUGAUGGAAGAUACGUGGCUACUGGUGGUGAAGAUGAUUUUCUAACAAUAUUCUCAUUAGAUAAUGAUCAACAACAUCGAGUAGUAUGCCGUGGUCAUGGCCAUACAUCGUGGAUAAAUAGUAUCUCAUUUGAUCCGUCCAUGAGUGCUAAAAUUUAUUAUUCUUUGCAUCAUUCCUCGCUUCCAUCUUCUGAACGACGGGCAAACGUAUGUGAAUCGACUAUUUCAAAUUCCUCAUCAGCAUCAUCUGCUGAGUCCCAUGAUCCGCCACCUUGGUCUUCAGAUAAAUGUUUCGAAAAUGGUAUGCCGUCUAUAUUCUAUCGUGUUGUCUCUGUUGGACAAGAUAAUCGUUUAUGCAUGUGGGACAUCACGGAAGAUAUCUUAAAAGUGAACAAUAAACUUUCCCAUCAACGACAACGUUCAUCAUUAUAUCCACCAGUGCUAAUGUCAUCGUUGUCUAAUUCAUCAUGUCAAUCGACAACAAAUGGUCAUUCAUCUCAAUCUGACACAUCCAUGAAUCCCACACAAACAACUUCCAAAACAUCAUUUUCUUCGCUAACAAAUCGUUUGUCGUUUACGAGAAAUUCAAAAGUAAAUAAAACAGAGACCAUAACUGAUCAUACAUGUUCAAAUGGAAGUCAGCCAUCAACGACCACUACGAAAAAACUGCGUAAAAUACCGUCAGUGCCAAAUAAUAGUCAAAAAAAUAAGGCAACAGCAGUAAAUACAACGACAGAUGGGAGUCCAACUACAGCAAAUGUAAAUGUACAAACUAACCUGAAUAAUAAUAGUUUACCUCGACGUACAAAUGCUGACUUAACAAAAAAUACGUUUGGCACCCAUCUAUGCCCAAAGUUAGGCGAUAUUCAAUUGAUUGAGCCAGCUGUAAUUGAAUCAAUAUCGACCGAACGUGUUACAUCAAUUAUAUUUCGUGAAAACUGUUUUAUAACAGCAUCUCAAGACGGAAUUAUUGCCGUAUGGGAAAAACCAAAAGCGACGAAGUCGAUGAGGGAUGAAAAGCAAUUAGCACAUAUGAAUGGUUCCGUGAUUGCACAACGGCUCUGA